AUGAACUCCAACGGUUUCUUUUUCUUUAAGUUUGAUUCUCAGGAUGGUAUGCAGAAGGUGCUGGAAGGUGGCCCCUGGUUAAUCAGAAAAAUCCCAUUGUUUCUAAAUGUUUGGACGCCAUCGGCUACUCUAAAAAAGGAUGGUAUUAAAGCAGUCCCUGUGUGGGUGAAACUCCAUAAUGUUCCUAUCGCGGUGUAUACGGAUGAUGGAUUGAGCUUAUUGGCAUCUAAGAUUGGUGUGCCAAAACGUCUGGAUAGCUUCACGGCUGACAUGUGUGCUGACAAUUGGGGCCGCAGCAGUUUUGCUAGAGCUAUGGUAGAGAUUAACGCCGAUAAUGAGCUCAAGGAACAUAUUUCGAUUGCUAUCCCGAAACUUGACGAGGAGGGCUACAUUAUGGAACAAGUUGAUGUCGAGUACGAAUGGAAGCCACAACGGUGUUCGUUAUGCUGUAUUUUUGGUCACAAUGACCAUAAUUGUGCAAAGAAUACUAAUGCAAAGCUUAAGCAGGUAGUGGUGGAUGAGGAGGGCUUUGUUACGGAUAAAAGGAGACUAGCUAAGGUGGGUAAGAAACAAAAACCGAAAGUUAUUUACAAACCAAAGAUUAAAAGUCAGCAGCCAAGUACGUCGGGAACGAAGAAUGACACGGGAUCUUAUACUACAUCAGGUAAUGUGCAUGUUAAGAAUAACUUUGAUGUGCUGGCCAAAACGGAUGAAGAGGAGGUGGUAGAAAUUAAGAAUCCUAAGGCUAAUCCGAAUGAAGAUAAGGGAAAAUCAAGUCGGCUGGACGACGAAGUGGCAGAAGUGAUUCCAACGGAGAUGUCAAACUUUAUGAGGAAUGUGAAUCAUGAUACACAAGCUGAGGGGGCAAGCACUCCCGGUCACAUCGAGUCUCAUGUGGAAGUUACGAAACUGGUUAAAGUUUGCAAAAAUGUGUUUAGAAAAUGGAAUUGGACUUCAAAUGGUGGUCAAUGUAGUCGAGGCACUAGAAUUAUUUUGGGUUGGGAUACGGAUUCGGUAGAUCUCAUGGUUUUGGCACAAUCGGAUCAAGUGAUACAUGUUCAACUAAUUUUCAAGGCCGAUAAGAAAGUUCUUUUUGGCUCGUUUGUGUAUGCCGAAAAUAAGUAUCAAGAACGGAGGGCCCUAUGGGAUGACCUAUGUAAGCAUAAUAGUCUGUGUUAUGAUAAGCCCUGGUUUGUGAUGGGGGAUUUUAACACGACUCUUCAUCAUGAGGACUCGCUUUAUGGGCCUUCGAAACAUACAAUAAGCAUGAGGGAAUUUAAUGAAUGUAUUCAGAAGUUGGAGCUUAUUGAUAUCAAAGGGCACGGCCUUCAUUAUACUUGGACUCAAAAACCAAAAAAUGGCGUGGGGCUCUUGAAGAAGAUUGAUCGAGUUAUGGGUAACUUUAAAUUCCUUGAGAUUUUUCCAGACGCUUAUGCCAUGUACCAGCCGUAUAGAGUGUCUGAUCACUCUCCGUGCAUUUUAAAGACGAACAUAAGUGUGGCAAAUCGUGCUAAACCGUUCAAAUUUCCUAACUUUAUUACUGCCAAGCCUGAAUUCAGAAAGUAUGUUGUCCAGGAAUGGUCGAAGAGUAUUGAUGGAGUUCACAUGUUCUCGGUUAUGAAGAAACUAAGGAGCCUAAAGCCGUAUAUGAGAAGAAUUUUAUUUGAUCAGGGGAAUCUCCAUACAAAGGUGGUUGAGUUGAGGAAAAACUUGGAUGACAUCCAGAAGAUGAUUGAUAAAAACCCUCUGGAUGCUAGUUUACGGCAAAUGGAGGUUCAAUGUCUUCAUGAUUUUCAAUCAGCGGCUUAUGAUGAGGAGUGUUUUUUAAAACAAAAGUCUAAAGUGGAAUGGUUAUGUGCCGGUGAUUCGAAUACAAGUUUUUUUCAUAAUAUGGUGAAAAGCAGGAAUGCAAGAUGUAAAAUUCAUAGUAUUGUGGAUGCUUCGGGUAAUCGUCAUGAUGGAGAUGGAGUUGUGGAUGCGUUAGUUUCUCAUUACUCAAACUUCUUGGGGGUAGAAUACCCGGUUGAAUCGGUGAACUUGGAGGAUGUCUUUACCAAUGUUCUUUCGGCUAAUGUUGCGAAUUACAUGGUUCGUCAGGUUACUCGUGAGGAAAUUAAGCAGGCCAUGUUCAGUAUUAGUGAAAAUAAAGCCCCAGGUCCUGAUGGGUACACAUCAGCCUUUUUUAAACAUGCGUGGGAUAUAGUGGGUGAGGAGGUCACUAAUGCGGUGUUGGAUUUCUUUGAUAGGACAGCUGUUGAAACAAAUAAAUCACACAAUUCUGUCAUUGAUUCCAAAGAAAGAUACGGCGGAUUCAGUAUUGGACUAUCGUCCAAUUUCAUGUUGCAAUGUUCUGUACAAGUGCAUAAGUAA